AUGCCAAACCACACCCCCUUCAAAAGAAACCACACUCCCUGUGGUCACUUCAGAAGUGACCACAGCUCCCACUUCAGAAGAGACCACAGCUCCCACUUCAGAAGGAACCACAGCUCCCACUUCGGAAGGAACCACAGCUCCCACUUCGGAAGGAACCACAGCUCCCACUUCAGAAGAGACCACAGCUCCCACUUCAGAAGGAACCACAGCUCCCACUUCGGAAGGAACCACAGCUCCCACUUCAGAAGAGACCACAGCUCCCACUUCAGAAGGAACCACAGCUCCCACUUCAGAAGAGACCACAGCUCCUACUUCGGAAGGAACCACAUCUCCCACUUCAGAAGAGACCACAGCUCCCACUUCAGAAGGAACCACAGCUCCCACUUCAGAAGAGACCACAGCUCCUACUUCGGAAGGAACCACAUCUCCCACUUCAGAAGAGACCACAGUUCCCACUUCGGUAGGAACCACAGCUCCCACUUCAGAAGGAACCACAGCUCCCACUACAGAAGAGACCACAGUUCCCACUUCAGAAGAGACCACAGCUCCCACUUCAGAAGAGACCACAGCUCCCACUUCAGAAGGAACCACAGCUCCCACUUCAGAAGAGACCACAGCUCCCACUUCAGAAGGAACCACAGCUCCCACUUCAGAAGAGACCACAGCUCCCACUUCAGAAGAGACCACAGCUCCCACUUCAGAAGGAACCACAGCUCCCACUUCGGAAGAGACGACAGCUCCCACUUCAGAAGGAACCACAGCUCCCACUUCAGAAGAGACCACAGCUCCCACUUCAGAAGAGACCACAGCUCCCACUUCAGAAGGAACCACAUCUCCCACUUCAGAAGAGACCACAGUUCCCACUUCGGAAGGAACCACAGCUCCCACUUCAGAAGAGACCACAGCUCCCACUUCGGAAGGAACCACAGCUACCACUUCAGAAGAGACCACAGCUCCCACUUCAGAAGGAACCACAGCUCCCACUACAGAAGAGACCACAGUUCCCACUUCGGAAGGAACCACAGCUCCCACUACAGAAGUGACCACAGCUCCCACUUCAGAAGGAACCACAGUUCCCAAUUCGGAAGGAACCACAGCUCCCACUUCGGAAGGAACCACAGCUCCCACUUCAGAAGAGACCACAGCUCCCACUUCGGAAGAGACCACAGCUCCCACUUCAGAAGGAACCACAGCUCCCACUUCGGAAGAGACGACAGCUCCCACUUCAGAAGGAACCACAGCUCCCACUUCAGAAGAGACCACAGCUCCCACUUCAGAAGAGACCACAGCUCCCACUUCAGAAGGAACCACAUCUCCCACUUCAGAAGAGACCACAGUUCCCACUUCGGAAGGAACCACAGCUCCCACUUCAGAAGAGACCACAGCUCCCACUUCGGAAGGAACCACAGCUACCACUUCAGAAGAGACCACAGCUCCCACUUCAGAAGGAACCACAGCUCCCACUACAGAAGAGACCACAGUUCCCACUUCGGAAGGAACCACAGCUCCCACUACAGAAGUGACCACAGCUCCCACUUCAGAAGAGUCCACAGUUCCCACUUCGGAAGGAACCACAGCUCCCACUUCAGAAGAGACCACAGCUCCCACUUCGGAAGGAACCACAGCUCCCACUUCGGAAGAGACGACAGCUCCCACUUCAGAAGGAACCACAGCUCCCACUUCAGAAGAGACCACAGCUCCCACUUCAGAAGAGACCACAGCUCCCACUUCAGAAGGAACCACAUCUCCCACUUCAGAAGAGACCACAGUUCCCACUUCGGAAGGAACCACAGCUCCCACUUCAGAAGAGACCACAGCUCCCACUUCGGAAGGAACCACAGCUACCACUUCAGAAGAGACCACAGCUCCCACUUCAGAAGGAACCACAGCUCCCACUACAGAAGAGACCACAGUUCCCACUUCGGAAGGAACCACAGCUCCCACUACAGAAGUGACCACAGCUCCCACUUCAGAAGAGUCCACAGUUCCCACUUCGGAAGGAACCACAGCUCCCACUUCAGAAGAGACCACAGCUCCCACUUCAGAAGAGACCACAGCUCCCACUUCGGAAGGAACCACAGCUCCCACUUCGGAAGGAACCACAGCUCCCACUUCAGAAGAGACCACAGCUCCCACUUCAGAAGAGACCACAGCUCCCACUUCAGAAGAGACCACAGCUCCCACUUCAGAAGGAACCACAGCUCCCACUUCAGAAGAGACCACAGCUCCCACUUCAGAAGAGACCACAGCUCCCACUUCGGAAGGAACCACAGCUCCCACUUCAGAAGAAACCACAGCUCCCACUUCGGAAGGAACCACAGCUCCCACUUCAGAAGAGACCACAGCUCCCACUUCAGAAGGAACCACAGCUCCCACUUCAGAAGGAACCACAGCUCCCACUUCAGAAGAGACCACAGCUCCCACUUCGGAAGGAACCACAGCUCCCACUUCGGAAGAGACCACAGCUCCCACUUCGGAAGAGACCACAGCUCCCACUUCAGAAGAGACCACAACUCCCACUUCAGAAGGAACCACAGCUCCCACUUCAGAAGAGACCACAGCUCCCACUACAGAAGAGACCACAGCUCCCACUUCAGAAGGAACCACAGCUCCCACUUCAGAAGGAACCACAGCUCCCACUUCAGAAGAGACCACAGCUCCCACUUCAGAAGGAACCACAGCUCCCACUUCAGAAGAGACCACAGCUCCCACUACAGAAGAGACCACAGCUCCCACUUCAGAAGGAACCACAGCUCCCACUUCAGAAGAGACCACAGCUCCCACUUCGGAAGAGACCACAGCUCCCACUUCAGAAGAGACCACAGCUCCCACUACAGAAGAGACCACAGCUCCCACUUCAGCAAAAUCCACUACAAAUUAUUUUACCCCCAGUCCAACAACGCCGAAUGCAUGCAGUUCUGUCAUCUGCCCUACAAAGGAGUGCCAGGCUGGAGAAACAGUCAAGACCAAACCGAAUCCACUGGACUCCUGCUGCCCCAUUAAAUACUGUGAAUGUGAAAGCUGCCCUAAUAUUCCUCAGUGCAGUCGUGAUGAAAAACUGGUCACAGCUUCUGCUGAGGGGACAUGCUGUCCUAAACUAAAGUGCGAGGUAAAGAAAGACGAAUGUGAUCUUCAAUACAGAACUGAGA